AUGAUGAUGCGACUCCACAUCCGUGUUGCAUUCACAUCGCUGUCAACCAGCAGAGGUUACGUCUCCCAUGACGGCGGCCACCUCGGUACUCGCCGGUGCGCUUCGCAGACCACCUCGUCCACCAGCUUCUCGGCGAGCAAGUCGGCACCGUUGUUGAAUGCGUCCGGCACAUCCUCCGCCCGUAUCAAGCCCCCUUCCUACCUGUACCGCUCCUUCAUGGGCCACUCCACACGCUUUGCCGCGAUGGCGCCUCCGCUCAUGCGCGCCGGUAUCACGCAGCUGGAACGCGAGCCUCUGGCGCAUAGCACCCCGGGCCGCAUCAACGACCACAUUUGCAUCGGUAUGGUCAAGACGCUGCGCUGGCUGGCGGAUCGCGCCUUUCGUGAGCGGUAUAUUCACCGGGCAACAAUGCUGGUAACCGUGGCGGCUGCAGCACCAGCGGCGGGCUCUGUGGCGGCAUAUUUACGCAUGUUCUUCAGGCGGAGCAACAGCAACAGCACCUGCACGGGCGAUUCAACGAUGUCCACAACAGCCGAGGCGAGCUCCCCGUUUCUGGUCUGUGGCGGCUCGCCAAAUGCCGGCGCUGCCCCACCUGUUCCUGGUGCACGCCGCUCCUUCGCCAUGGCGCGCCGAUCACUGUACAUGUCUACGUCCAGCGCCACCAUGGAAGGAGCGGGGUCGACACUAGAGCAUUCCUAUGUGGACGAGCUCCGCGGCCUGCUCGCGCAGUGCGAGAGCCACGCCGUUCAUUACCAAGUACUGAGCUGCAUGGCCGAAAUCACCCUUCUUGAGCGCGGUCUCGUACUCCUGCUGCAGGCGGUACACUUCACCAUCUACCUGGCUUUGUUUCUCUUCUAUCCGCGCAUGGGGUUUCGACUCAUGGCUUACACAGCGGAGGAGUCCUCUGUGGUGUGGACGCAGAUGGUGAACGAUGUCGACCUUGGCAAGAUUGCCGAGCCGCGCGUGCCGCAACUGGCACUGCACUACUGGGGCCUAGAGGGAGUCUUUACCGCACAGGCGGCGCCACCGCCGAAAACGCCGGCUCCGCAGGAGCAGGAAGCGCUUCUCUACAAGACCAGCGAGGGACUUGUGGCAGAGCAGAGCCCUGUUGCUGACGCGCCGAUAUCGGGUGCCUCACCGUAUGGUAGCAAUAACGGCAAUCGGGCUGCAACGCCUUUGUCGCGAUUCGUCGACCGUGUGUCAGUGCCUUUCGAGGUGACCGGUCCUUGCCACGACAGUGCUGUGAACCGAAAGAAGAGUGAAGAACGCGUCAUCACUCCCUCCGACCUUGACGCCGCCCCCGAGGCGUCCGUCUUGACGCUGCGCGACGUUGCACUGCUCAUCCGCUCUGAUGAGAUGAUCUUCCGCGACCUGAAUCACGAGCUGGCGAAUAAGCUGGACAUACAGCCGAGCUGGACGCAGCGCCUCUUAGCAUUCCUUAGCGGAGAGAAGUAG